GACCGCCACUGACGGACAGUGGUGAAAAAAUGGCAGACGUGAGCCAGGAGGUUGUAGGUCAUAAUGAAAAUUUGACAGAAACUGCCAGUAAUGCAACUUCCAAAAUACCUGCAACGCCAGAAGGGAUGGCAGUUGCUUACGGAAGUCUUGUUAUAAUGGCUUUACUUCCAAUAUUUUUUGGUGCAUUCCGCUCAGUGAAACACCAUAAGGAGCAGAAGGAAGCAGGAGAGAAACCUGAAACUAUGUCGCAUGCAGAUGCUGCAAUGUUCCCUAUAAUAGCUAGUGCAGCAUUAUUUGGAUUGUAUGUAUUCUUCCAGAUUUUCUCGAAGGAAUAUAUAAAUUUAUUGUUGACGGGCUACUUCUUCUUCCUGGGCAUCUUGGCAUUGUGUCCUCUUAUGAGCCCUGUAAUAAGUUCUCUGGUACCAGCUGCUAUUCCAAACAUUCCAUUCCAUCUGCACUUCACACAAGGUGGACCUGAUGGUGAUGAUGACCUCAUUAAUUAUCGCUUCUCAUCCCAUGAUGUUGUCUGUCUUGUUUGUUGCUCUAUUGUAGGAGCAUGGUACCUUAUUAAGAAACACUGGAUUGCUAACAACUUGUUUGGUAUUGCAUUCGCUAUAAAUAGUGUUGAGCUUCUCCAUUUGAACAACGUUGUGACGGGUUGCAUCCUCCUAUGUGGACUUUUUGUGUAUGACAUCUUCUGGGUAUUUGGGACCAAUGUUAUGGUCACUGUUGCCAAGUCAUUUGAGGCUCCAAUUAAAUUGGUUUUCCCACAAGACCUUCUUGAACAAGGAUUAUCAGCAAACAACUUUGCUAUGCUUGGUUUGGGUGACAUUGUGAUUCCAGGAAUUUUUAUUGCUCUGCUUCUACGUUUUGAUAAUAGUUUGAAGAGGAAUUCCAACACUUAUUUUUAUGUGACAUUUGUGGCAUAUUUCAUGGGUCUGAUAGCUACCAUCUUUGUGAUGCAUGUAUUCAAACAUGCCCAGCCUGCUCUUCUGUAUCUGGUGCCAGCAUGUUUGGGCACGCCACUGCUCUUGGCACUUCUCAAAGGAGAUAUUAAAGCAAUGUUUCAGUAUGAAGAUCAUCCAUCUGAAAAGGCUACAGACACAACUGAAAGUAAAACAGAAGUAAAGAAAGAAAAAUAAUGUGAACACAAACUGAGCAUAAAUUUGGCAUAACAAUUAAAGAAGAAGAAACAUGAUUUUUGAGAGUGGCCCACAGAUGUUAGUAUGUCUUCAAUAAAGGAACGGAAGGCUUCAAACUAAAAAAAAAAAAAUCCAUUUCAACUUGUUAAUAAAUAUGUAUAUACCAUCUUUUGAUUUCCCUGAGAAAGUUAUGGAACGUAUUUUAACAUGUGAGAGAUGCAGAAGAUUGUGACAUGCUUUUAUGUUGAGAAACAUUUUCUAAUUUGCAAAAGUUGAUCAUGCACUGCGGUUGCAGAGAAAGUCAUUGAAACUCUGUCAUGUAACUGCUGACAUACUCGUAAGAUUGUUGACUUUUAUAAUUUUGCAUUAAAACAAAAUUACAGUUUGAGAACAAAGUCACCCACAUCCAAAUUAUUGGGUUGCUUUACACUGUUCUGUUGGAAUACAAGUUCUAUUCUGGUGAGUUGAAUUGCUUUUGUAUGUUAGUCAGCUGAUGUAGAAUUCCUUGAACUUGUAUAGAGUAUAGUCCUAUGUAGAUUAAGAUCAACUCAAAUAUAAUCUCUUAAUCAUCAGCCGUUAAAUUUGUCUCAAUGACUAAGUCUCCAAAAUUUUGUACUCCAGAUUUUCUCUAAUUAAAGUCACUGAUCACCAUUUGCCCUCAGAGAGUAAAACUGCAGUAUCAGUACUUCUUGUUGCGUCAUUUGUCUUCUACAAUUGAUUCCCAUGAAUUAACAACUGAAUAACAUUCCACUGUGUGUGUGUGUGUGUGUGUGUGUGUUAAUAGAUUCCAGGAUUAUGACUUGGUCUUCUCUCCAUUCUCGAAGUAUUAUCAUCCUCAACAUGCUGUAUGCACACUCUUCCAAAUAAUUAGCAUUGAUUACAUGUAGCAUAUGAACAUGAAGAGGACAUGUACAGUUCUUUCUUAUAUUGUACUUAACACACAUCGCACAGAAUAUAAAGAUCACACAUAUAAGCAAGAGGCCAACAACAAAUAUAACACACAAUGGGGAAUAUUGAAUAGAUUGUGUACAAUAAGCAACAGCAUGUUUGGUGUUGCUUAUUGUUGCAAGACAACUAAAAGUUUGAUAUGUUGCAUGUGAGGGGGGGUACCAGUCCUCUGUAUUAACCAGACAUUGAUUUACAAAUAAAUAAUACAUAAAUGGAUACUUUCUUCCGACUUGCUUCCAGUAGAUUCAGAUUUGUAGUUGACAGUUACCCAGAAUGUGCUUUUAACUUUAUGGUGUGCACUAACAUACCUAAAAUCUGUGCUUACCAGUAACAGUAUUCCUUUAAUUGGAAAUAAUACACAUGUAUAGAUAGUGUUCAAUUUCUUAUGCUUCUUCUACAUAACUUGUAGUGUUGUUUAGUGACAGUAAAAGUAGCAUGUGCCUCAUAAUAUUUA